GUGGCGCCGCCGAGGACUACAGGGGGGCGGGGCGGGUUGUGGGGCGUGGCUUGUGUUUGACAGCUGGUUUGUUUGGAGGCGUGGCCACCGGGUUAGUGACAGCUCAGCCCACAGGCGGAGCUGGGCACCAGGUUGUGACCUGCAGGAGACGGAGCAGCAUGCUGAGGGGAGUCGGCCUCCUCCUGCCCUGCCUGGCGCUCGGCGGACUGCUGCACUCUGAGCUCACUGGCGUCCUGGACGACUGCUUCUGUGACGUGGAGAGCAUCGACGUCUUCAACAACUUCAAGCUUUAUCCUCGGAUCAAGAAGCUGACGGAGAAAGACUACUUCAGAUACUACAGGGUGAACUUGAAGCGACCGUGUCCUUUCUGGCCUGAUGACGGACACUGCUCCAUCAGAGACUGUCAUGUGGAGCCUUGUCCUGAGAGUAAGAUUCCCGUCGGCAUCAAGUCUGGGAACUACAACAAGUUCUCCCAGCAGGCGAACACGCUGCCGGACGUGACGGACUGUGAGCAGGCGAAAGAGCUCGGCGCCAUCAACAGCACCCUGAGUAACCAGACCAAAGAGGCGUUCGCUGACUGGGCGAGACACGACGAUGCUCAGGAUCAUUUCUGUGAGCUGGACGAUGAAACGUCUCCGGACGCCGAGUACGUGGAUCUGCUGCUGAACCCAGAGAGAUUCACCGGAUACAAAGGUUCUUCAGCCUGGAGAGUCUGGAACAGCAUCUAUGAGGAAAACUGCUUCAAGCCCAGAUCAGUGUAUCGACCUCUGAACCCUCUGGCUCCGAGCAGAGGAGACGACGAUGCAGGAGAAGGUUUCUACAAGUGGCUGGAAGGUUUGUGUUUAGAGAAGAGAGUUUUCUACCGACUCAUCUCCGGCCUCCACAGCAGCAUCAACAUCCACCUGUGUGCCGAGUACCUGCUGGACGAGCGCUGGGGCCGCUCGGUGUGGGGCCCCAACGUCCAGGAGUUCCGUCAGCGCUUCGACACGGCCGAGACGAAGGGCGAGGGCACGCGGCGCCUGAAGAACCUCUACUUCCUGUACCUGAUCGAGCUGCGGGCACUGUACAAAGUGUCUCCGUACUUCGAGCGCGCCUUCAUCAACCUGUACACUGGAAACUCACCGGAGGACAGCGCCACCAAGGAGCUGCUGCUGCAGGUCUUCAACGAGAUCAAAUCUUUCCCCAUGCACUUUGACGAGAAGUCCAUGUUCGCCGGACACAAGAUCGAAGCCAAAACACUGAAGGAGGAGUUCCGCCUGCACUUUAAAAACAUCUCCAGGAUCAUGGACUGUGUCGGCUGCAGCAAGUGUCGCCUGUGGGGGAAACUUCAGACUCAGGGUCUGGGCACGGCGCUGAAGAUCCUCUUCUCAGAGAAGGAGAUCCAGAACCUCCCAGAACGCAGCCCGUCACAAGGCUUCCAGCUCACGCGACAGGAGAUCGUGGCGCUGAUCAAUGGCUUCGGCAGGUUGUCCACCAGCAUCCAGCAGCUGCACAACUUCCGCCUGCUGCUGAAGGAGAACAGGUAACAGGAGCUUCACGUGGCCAGUAGGUGGCGCCGGCCCACGUGGGAACUGCAACAGUCUAAACCCUUGACUGGGAGAAGAAGACGGAUGUUUGUUUCUUUUUCUCCUGGACGUCGAGAUCAACGGUGAAACUCCCACAGAUCUAAUUUCCUCUUCCUCCUGCGGGCAGAUCACGAAUGUUGACUCCCCCGCUCCUCCUCCUCCUCCUCUUCUUCUUAUUUUGUUUCCUCCGCUUCUUUUUUUUUCAUUUCUUGUUUUUUAUUUAAUUUUUUUGAGAAUUCGAGCCGUGAUGAAAAUCAGAAUAAUCUAAUCUGACGUCUGGAAGGAAAUGGCCAGUGACCGGACAAACUCAUGACGACGACGACGACGACGGCGGUGGCGGCGGCGGUGGCGGCGGCGGCUCGUACGCGGAUUAACCUGCGUUAAAACAGGAAGUGACUGAGUCUGUUUCAAACCCAUUGUAGAGAGGAAAUGUUUCUCUUCCUCUGCUGACCCCGCCCCCCCUGCUGACAUCACAUCCUGUUGGAUCUUGACCCUUGUGUACCUGAACCAGGAAGUAGACGCUCGCUGCCUGUUUCCCUUUUUAUUUCCUCUUCCUCCCGUUUCCUGACGUUUGUCUCUCGUAGCCUGAAGAUCUGGACCAAUUAAAGCCUGACGUGUGUGCGUGUGUGUGUGUGUGUGUGUGUGUGUGUGUGUGUGUGUGUGUGUGUGUGUGUGUGUGUGUGUGUGUGUGUGUGUGUGUGUGUGUGUGUGUGUGUGUGUGUGUGUGUGUGUGUGUGUGUGUGUGUGUGUGUGUGUGUGUCGUCAGUAGCCGUGAAGUUUUGCUGCAGCUGAUGAGAGCAGCGGUGGGCAGAGUCUUAGGCCACGCCCAAGUUCAAUUUUUCUGCCUCUUCAUUAUUGAAAUGAUGAAUCAAUGAAGACGUCACAAGCAGAUGAAUCGAUGAAGAAACUAAUCAGUGGUCGCAGCGACUCGCUGACAGUCCACAUAAUGUUGUUGUAUGAAAUGCAGAGCAGCAGCUCCACCUGAAUUACGUUUUUUAUUCAUUUGAAUUACCAACAACUUUACAGAAACAGGGGAUUAUGUUUUGAGACAUCUAAUCUGACUUUUGUUGAUCUGUCGCCCUCUCGUUCCUUCUCUACGUCAUAAAAUCAAAUAUCAGAAAAAUAUAUUAAAUAAAAAAACCUGCUCUAAUGCUCAAAAUACAAAUUUUCUUUUUCUCAUUGAUUUGUUACGUCAACUUCCUCCUUCAGUGUUUUAUUCUUCGCUGCCUCAGUUGAUGUCGUCAGUGUUACUCGUGUAAAACGAGAGACGUUUAAUUCCUGAAAAGACGACGAAGAAACAUGACUGUCGCCACGAAGACACAAAAUAUUAAUAAGCUCCGUGACUCAUUACGACCGGUGAGCAACGUCAAACAAGUAAACGAGUUGCCAGGCGGCGGAGUGACGUCAUGACCUCUGUCGCCCCCUGCGGGGAUCUAUUAAAAUGACACCUGUCGAUCAAGGAACAGAAAAAAUCUAAAUUCAUAAAUACGUAACACGGACCUGAACGUUUCUCAUGUGGAGGAAACUUUGUAAUUGAGUUCAGUUUGUAGUCGGCACCUGGAGGCCGAUAGAGGAAGUGCAGCUGAGGAAACGUCAUUUAAUCCGUAGCUCCGCUAACGGCGUCGCGGGGGGUUGGUUGUUGUUGUUGUUUUUAUUUCUUUUUUUCUUUUUUUUCUUUGUAUUUUUUCUUUUUUUUUUAUUUUUUAUGCCUAAAUAUUUUAGUUUGCUUUUUAAAAGUAAGAAACAAAAAUGGACCAAAGAGUUUUAACUUGCCAACAUUUGAUCGUGUGUUUUUCUUUGUUUGUUUAACUUUUAUUUUAUGGACCUGAAGAGUUUGGAGUCACGAUGUUACAAGGUUAUGUCUUUUAACAUAAACACAAACGUGAUAAGAAGAUUCUGGCUGACGCAUCGCUUUUUCUCUUUUGUAAUCCAAAUAAGAAAAUAACAAAAAGAAAAACUGCUCUGAAGUCGGUGAAGUUCAGCGAAGCAGCUUUUCAUCCUGAAGCUUCAGAAAAAGGAAACAGGAAGUCAAACAAACCACGAGAGGAUUGUGAUGCGUUCGAUUGUAUGGAGGCUCGAGUGUGACAACUGAAUCAGAGCAUUAUUUAAAAUAAUUUUAUAUUUAAUGUAAAAAUGAUUAAAUACAAAAUUAUUAUUAAAUGUUCUUAUUGACAAUGACAAUGGAUUUGUGAAAUUAGAGAUUUCUAAUUCCAUUAAACUUUUCUUCUGGGUUUCAUUUACCUUUUUUGAAUUCAAAAUUGUUUUGAGUUGAAAAAAAAUUCAGUUUUGUGAAAAUGUAAAAGAAGUAAAACAUUGAUGAUUUAAUCUGCUCAGAUUGAGCUGGAUUGUUUUUCACAUAGUUGUGGGAAAAAAUAUUUUUUUAUUUUAAAAAUUCAAAUUAGAAAACAAAUAUUCAAAGAACUGGUUUUCAAUGUAAAAUAUUUUUGUUACAUUUUACAGGCAGGUAUUGAGUCGAUUAUGGAACUAAAACGAUUUUGGCCUUUCUUUGCUUCCAUAAUAUCCUUCAAGAUUAAUAAGGACAUUUAAUUAUUUCAGUGUCACGUUUCAGCCUCCAUUGUGUGUGUGUGUGUGUGUGUGUGUGUGUGUGUGUGUGUGUGUGUGUGUGUGUGUGUGUGUGUGUGUGUGUGUGUGUGUGUGUGUGUGUGUGUGUGUGUGUGUGUGUGUGUGUGUGUGUGUGUGUGUGUGUGUGUGUGUGUGUGUGUGUGUGUGUGUGUGUGUGUGACUGACUCCUGUCUGAUCCGCUCUGCAGCCUUAAAACGAAAACGCCACUUUAGAAAAAGAAACAUCCAGAACUUUACUUUUUAUGUUGAUUUCAAAUCUACAGUUUGUAACAGGUUGAAGUUUUCUUUCUUUAGCUUUCAAAUCUUUAUGAUUAUAUACAUAUAUAUAUAGACACAUAUAUAUAUAUAUAUGUUGAUGUGUGUACCUGUUGAUUGUAUUUAUUUGAAAAGAGGAAUAAAUAUUUCUGGACAUCA